AUGUUCUCUAACGCCGAAGCUCGCAAGUCUGUCGACAGCUUGCCACCUCUGUCUCCUCAUGGUCGAUCCGAGUUCCCCUUCCACCGACCAGGCUCAUCUGCUUUUCCGAAGGCACGAAGAGGCUCGACUGCAAGUUCCAUCGCAAGCUCGAUACAUUCUAUUGGCGGUCAUCUAGACACAUCUAGUAGCUGGUCUCAGACGGUCCAUGAAACAGGGCAGAAUGCUAUCUCCACUUUACUACAACCUCCCAUAGUACGGACGGGUUUACUUCCACAUACAUCAGCCCCUGCUUCGAGUGCUCACAGGCCGCCGACCGCACGAGAUAUACCGCCCGUCACCUUGACGAGCAUACCACAUAUCGAUAACGAUGACUUCAAACCAUACUUGGCGCAGGUAGGAGCAUUGUACGAACAAUUAAGGCGUGUAAAGGAGAGUGAUGAUGAUGGUAGCGACCAUAUAUUUGGACGUGGUAGAGCUGAAGAACACAAUGGCGUGACAGAUGAAAGCCACCUAAAACCAGGCAGUCGCCCAGGGAGCUCGCGGAAAGUAUCUGGGUCAUCGAUUAGAUCAGUCUCUCCUAUCGAUUCACCUCCCGCGCGCACAAUACGAAGGAGGUCCAGUUCUGGAUUCAGUCGAAAAGCAUCGGUCCAAGGUCCACCUCCCCUAUCUACCAUUCCAAAUGUCUACUUCGACGACGAUUUCCACCUAGAGAAUCCCCGAACGUUUGAUGUCGUUACCGAACGGUCCGAAGUUGUUAGACCACCGCCCGGGUCUGUGGAAGAAAAGACUACUGUGAAUGGGAAUGCCCCACCCCCACGCAAGAAUCUUGCUACAAACGCGAUAUUGCAAGAGAAGCUAUCGUGGUAUAUGGACACGAUCGAGAUGCACCUCAUUUCCUCUAUUUCGACAGCUUCCACCACCUUCUUUACGGCCUUAGGAUCGUUAAGAGAACUACACACUGAAGCAGCCGGAUCAGUCGACAGAAUAAAGACGUUGCGAAAGGAGCUUUUGGCUCUCGACCAGGAGAUUGCGGCUAGUGGGCUAGAUGUUGUUCAUAAGCAACGUCGACGCGAGAAUUUGCAACAGCUAAACGAUGCUGUCAAGCAGUUGAAGGAAAUUGUCGAGUCGGUCGCGGCAUGUGAAGAAUUGGUGGAUUCGGGAGAAAUUGAAAAAGCUUUGGCUAGUAUUGAUUCUCUAGAGAAACUGAUCGCCGGCGAACGAAUACCUCAUCCCAAACAAGACGAACACCCUGGCUAUCAACUGCGCGAUUUGAGAGAUGCCGUUGCCCUUCAGGGUGUGAACGGUGAUAUAUCUACAUUACGGUUUCGUAUUGGCAAAGCAUUUGAGACCAAGUUCAUGGACAUAUUAUUGGGUGACUUAAGACGUCAUGUCGAUACCGUCUCAGCCCAAGAUGUCCUCCUCAGAUGGAGUAGUGCAGCGAUGCGGGCCCGUGGAGCACCAAGCAGAGAAUCGUCAGCCUUUCCGGCUUAUUUGUCCGCAACUGACGACCUCCGCUCGCAGCUCAUGCCUAUACUAGAUGGACUACACCGCUCAAAGCAUGUGACAAUUGCUAUAGCAUCCUAUCGAGAGGUAGUCUUGCGCGAGAUCCGACUGCUUAUUAAAAGACCGCUUCCAACAUCCAACGACGACGACAAUGAAUCUAUGAUGUCUGCAUCUACGAUGAAUUCAAAACGUCUAACCCAACAGGAGAAAUCGUCCAUUCUCGCGCGGAACCUUCGAGCACUGGAUGAACAGGACGCCGAAGAUCUCUUCGUUAAGAUUUACACCAGCGUCACAGAAACAUUGCGAAGGUUAGGUACCCAGAUGAAAGUGCUGUUUGAUGUAGCGAGUUCGUUAGGACAGCAACCCAUCACCGAUGCCCCCUUGAAGUCACCGAAUCCUCUAAAAUCACCGCCUCUUAACAGUGCAAAUCGUGAUCUACAGGAAGAUAUCCAUCUUACUAUGGACAUGGCAAAUCUUCUCGGCCAGGCAGUUGAUACAUCUCAAGAAAAGAUUGUAAAGGUGCUUCGAGUCCGAUCUGACCAGAGCUCUCAUCUGCCCUUGAUAUGGUUCCUACGGUAUUUCACUCUGAACCUUUAUUUUGCAAAUGAAUGCGAAGCAAUUUCUGGCAGAAGUGGAACGUCUCUGAAGAAUAUUGUCAAUUCCCAAAUUAAGGAGUUCAUCCAAUCACACGGCGACGCAGAGAAACAGAAAUUAGCUCAAGGCAUGGAAUCCGACCAGUGGAGCGCUAAAGAUUUUAACGAAGAGAAUAACGUUUUACUUAACCGCAUAUUAGAAAGCAGCACAAAAGACAACGCUGCCUGGUCGGAAGGAAGCAAAAUCUGGAUACCAUUCGAUGAUGCAGGGGCCAAGGAAAACACUAACGGUCGACCAAGGUCCGAAUCUAACGCAGCGGGCAAGGAAAAGACGCGCAGUGCGAUCAUAGACGGGGAGACGUUCAUCCUACCUAACUCGGCCAUCCUCUGCUUAGAGGGGAUGUCCCACUUCCUACAUCUCGUCACCGGAAUCCCCUCCAUGGCCUCGGACAUCUCCAGCUCCCUAAUCGCAUACUUACAAUUAUUCAACUCGCGAUGCACGCAGCUUAUCCUCGGCGCAGGCGCAACCAAGUCCGCCGGCCUAAAGAACAUUACUACGCGGCACCUAGCGCUCGCAUCGCAAGCACUAUCCUUUAUAUCGACACUAAUCCCACACGUCCGCGAGUUCGCCCGACGCCAUGCGGGUUCCGGCCCCAACGUCAACAACGGGAACGUAGCGAACCUAAUGGGCGAGUUCGACAAGGUGCGGCGGCUAUUCCAAGAGCACCAGAACAGCAUCUACGACAAGCUCGUGGAGAUCAUGGGCGGACGCGCCGCAGCGCACGCUAAGAGCAUGAAAGCGCUGGACUGGGACCGCGACGGAGAGGUUACGGUCGAUCUAUUCAUGGAGACGUUGUGCAAGGAGACCGUCACGUUGCAUAGGGUGCUCACGAAGCAUUUGCCGGAAGGCACGGUUAGGUUCAUCAUGACGCCUGUUUUUGAGAGCUAUAAGAGCCAGAUCGGGAAGACUAUGCAGGGGCUUGAGGUUGGGGAAGUGGGGGCGAGGAGGAUGGAGUCCGAUAUCGAGUAUCUCAUCGGCCGACUCAGCAAGAUCGAUGGGUUUGGCGAUACGGGGGAUAGUCUUCUCGCGAUCGCUGUGUCGAAGAAGCCGGAACCUAAGCCGGAACCUGUUAAGGUGGAGACGAAGAACGCAGAGCCGGAGAGGAAGGAGAGUGGUGAGGGGAAUGGGGAUAAGAAGAGCAGUAGCUCGGAUGAAUCGCCGGGUGAGGAGACCAAGGAGAAGGAGAAGGUUGGGGAGGAGAGUAAGUAG